CAUAAAAUAAAAAAUAUUUUCCCCCACUAGUUCGUUGGGUAUAUAAGCCCUCCACUUGUGACCAUGGGGCUCAUCAUCCUGAUCUAGUUCAAACCAGUUGUAAAGGUCACUAAUUCCAGCGAUAUUAUGGCUGACAGUGUUUUCCAUACACGUUCCGUGGGGGCAGCCGUCGAAGGCAUAAAAGACCAAUAUGCCGACGGCAAAGCCGCCAAAAUUUGGGAAGUUUUUGUAGGGGACAAAAAUUCCAGAACCCAAAAUUACAAAAAUUUCUUAGUUGGUCUUCUGAAACAAAAAGGAUGCAGAAGAAUUCUAGAUGUGGCUUGUGGAACCGGUAUCGACUCCGUCAUGUUAUUAGAAGAGGGUUUCGAAGUUGUCUCUGUGGAUGCUUCCGACAAAAUGUUAAAAUACGCUUUGAAAGCAAGAUGGAACAGAAGAGACGAGCCCGCAUUCUAUAACUGGGUAAUCGAAGAAGCAAACUGGUUAACCCUCGACAGCGAUAUUGAACAACUUGUGGGUAAUGGCUUCGACGCAGUAAUUUGCUUGGGGAAUUCCUUUGCCCACUUACUUGACUCAUUUGGUGAUCAAAGAGAGCAAAAACAAGCUAUCAAAAAUUUCGAAAAAUGUGUUAAACCUGGAGGCCUUUUGUUAAUCGAUCACAGAAAUUAUGACCACAUUAUUAACGAAGGAAGCACACCAUCGAAAUGCAUUUACUACAAUAGCAAACACAUGACUGAUAUUAAAACUUCAGUAUUAUACGUGUCCGGUAAACCAGCUCUGGUUACUUUGGAUUACUUAAUCGACGCUUCGUCCAUUUACGGCAAAAACGAAGAAAUUAAUUACGAUCAGGUCACCGAAUUUCGACUUUCGUAUUACCCACACCGACUUGAAGUUUUUAAAAACAUGCUGGUAGAAGCUUUUGGAGAAAGAUCAAAGUUUGACUUAUAUGGCGACUUUAAAGACUUGGAAGAAAUAGAAAACCCUGCUUUCUACAUUCACGUGGUGGAGAAAGCUAGAAGGAUGGUUUAACGAAAUCCCCAAUAAUUUAUAUAUUGUUUUCAAAAUGUAACUAAUAAGUAUGUAACUAUUUUAUAAGUUUUAGUAAAGUUUUUGUGCUUAUA